CGUAGAUUUUGUGUAAUAAGACUUGGUAUCAAACGGAAUUCUUUGAUUAUAAAAAAAAAAGUCACCAUUGUCAAGAUAAGUUUUUGAUAUAACUCCUAUACUUGAGAAGAUCUAAGAACUAGAAGUCAUGGCUACUAGUAAGGAAAUCCGUAUCGUGGCUCUCUUGUUCCUCGACAUUGUAUUCUUUUUAUUGGAGGCAAUCGUCGGGUAUGCAGUCCAUUCCUUAGCCUUAGUGGCAGACUCUUUCCACAUGUUAAACGAUAUCAUAUCUCUUUUCAUUGCCCUUUGGGCUGUUAGGGUGAAGAAUACAAAGCCUGCUGAUGGUAAGUACACAUAUGGAUGGCAAAGAGCUGAGAUUUUAGGUGCACUUAUUAAUGCAGUCUUUCUCUUAGCCUUGUGUUUUACAAUUGUUAUCGAAGCCAUUCAAAGAUUUUUUGAACCAGCUGAAAUUGCAAACCCUAAGCUUGUCUUAGUCGUUGGUAUUGCUGGUUUGAUUAGUAAUGGUUUGGGUUUGGUAUUAUUCCAUGAACAUGGUCAUUCUCAUUCCCAUGGUGGUGGUGGAUCUUCUUCAGAUCAUAGUCAUGACCAUGGCCAUUCUCAUUCUGAUAUUGAAGCCCAACGUAACAGUGAACCAGUAGUCCGUAAUAAUUCAAAUACCGAUAUCUCUGAUUAUCUUCCAGAUAAUUUUGUUGAAAGAUAUAAUGAACGUACACCACUUGUUCAAGAUGGUUCUGAAGAAACAAUUGCUACAAAGAUUAAGAAGAAGUCUAUGAACAUGGAAGGUGUAUUCUUACAUGUUCUUGGUGAUGCAUUAGGUAAUGUUGGUGUUAUUGCCACUGCACUUUUCAUUUGGAAAACUGAUUAUUCAUGGAGAUUUUAUAGUGAUCCAUUUGUAUCACUUGUUAUUACUCUUAUCAUCUUCUCUUCAGCCUUACCACUUUGUCGUAAAGCUUCAAAGAUUUUACUUCAAGCUACUCCACCUGAUAUAGAUUCAAAUUCUAUUUUGGCCGAUAUUAUUAGAUUAAAUGAAGUUAAAUCGGUUCAUGAUUUCCAUAUUUGGAACUUAAAUGAAGAUAUUUUAAUUGCUUCAUUACAUAUAGAAUUAAACCAUUCUCCAAAAUGUGAUGAACUGGAAGAAGGCAUGUUAGAUAAAGAAGCCUUUGUAAAAGCUGUGACCCUGGUUCGUGAAAUCUUACAUAAAUAUGGGGUUCAUAGUGCUACCAUCCAACCAGAAUUCCCACCAGUGGUGGCUGCUGUCGUCCCAUCUACGUUGAAUAAAAAGGCUAGUGCUUACGGGUCUACUAACCAAGCAAACUGUAUAGUUGACGAAGCAUCUGGUUGUGAUAACGAUUCUUGCUUGAAAUAAUUUAAAUAAUUAAAAAAAAGAGGAUUAUCAUUAUUCCUUUCCUUAUAAUGAUUUUAUUCCUCUGUGCUACAUGUGUGAAUACUUUUGAAAAAUAUUAUAUAAAUGAUAUAAAUUAUACAUACACCUUGAACUUUAAAUACUAUUCUCAAAAGAGUAAUUGAUUCAUAACUAAUGUUUUGAGUAAUUGGUAUCGGGAUUAGCGGAAGCAACAGUAUGUGAGUCUAUGUAUGCCUUACAUGAAGGAGUUAAAAAAUAUUAAUACUUUUAAAAUAAUAAUUGAAGAAAGGUUUGUAGGGUUUA